UGAUGGAGACCUGAAGGGCUUUCCCACUGAUUCCAGCAAGACAAGACACGCCCCCAAAUUGGUGUUUUGACUCCCAUAUCUGGACUCCAAGGCUAAGGCUGGUCUCCAAGCCUGUGAUCACCGCAGAAGUGGGCUUCAAAGAGCCCACCAAUGCGCGAUGGACCCAACGUGUACGGAGUAAACUAAGGGCUUCUGGCCGGGUAGUUGCCAACUUGACCGUUUGCCGAGGGGCGGGGCUGGUAGAGGGGCGAGGGAGUUUGCAGAAGCGUCCUGAAUCACCAUGGAAACGAGGCCGGGAGCAAGCUCUAGCAGCGAAAAGGAGGCCUGUGAAAUUUGUCCCCAGGGAUUCCUGGUGUUCAGCGGCUCUUCAGAACAGGACAUGAACUUGGCCAAGCAAUUUUGGAUCACAGCGUCAAUGUACCCUCCUAAUGAAUCCCAGUUGGUGCUGUCUGGAGGCAGCACUCAGCGUCUGCCGGUGGCCGGGGUCUCCAAGAGCUGUGCAGCUGAGAAAAGUUACUUGCAGUCUUCUUUCCUUGAGAAAAACAAAGCUACAGUUGACAUAGCUGAAACCCUGAAGAUUGAGAAAGAAAAGUAUCUCCAAAAGGCUAAAAGGAGAGAUGAGAUUCUCCAACUCUUAAGAAAACAAAGAGAAGAGAGGAUCUCGAAAGAACUUGUCUCCCUUCGUCACAAGCCAAAGACCAAAGUACACAAAGCAAAGAAAGUGAUUCCAGAGUCGAAUAAAGAACAAGAAGAAGUCAAAGCCUUGAACUAAUUUGAUGGACACAUGGUAGUGGAUGGCUUACUUCGAUCUUCACUUUUGAAACAACCUGCUCUUACAUCAGGACCAUUGGGGUCAUUAAUUAAAAUAGGCAGAGAAAUAAAAGUCAAAUAUGCAGACUUCUUGGAACCUUACCAGUUAUUGAAUGCUUUAUCUAUGUUACUUAUUGGGAACUACUGUAUGUGACGGUACACAGUAGUAACUGUCUCUCGUCUUUCACAGUUUCAAACUCCUACUUUCCUUAUUUUCAUUUGUUAUUUCCAGAAUUGCUAGAUUUGAUCUGUAUUAUGAAUAUCGGAUAAACAAGAAACAGGGCUUUAUGUGACCCAAUGUGUAGACCACCAGUAAAAACAAUAAGGAAAUAAGAAUGAAA